GCUCUGCUGGGAGGACUGGGAAACACAAGCAUCACUCUGCUGCCGGGGAAUCGGAAAGACGUGCCUUUUUUUUUUUUACUCCACCAAGGCGUUUAUUUUCUUUGGUGUAAUGAAGACGCCGGCCUGCAUCCAUUCGGACACAACAUAGGAAGUUCUCCGAGAAACGCAAGAUUGCGCUGUAAAUGUAUCACGAACCUGGAGCCAAGCAUGAAAAAGGUGUCCAAGCCCACGGCCGCCACCUCCAGAACCUCAGCGGGCACUAAAGCCCAAGGCAGACCUGAGGGAAGCGGUAAUAUGGGCACAGGUGGCAAGAUGACGAACAAAACCCAGAAUUCAGCUCCACUGCCUAAGGCAAAGAGCAAUGAUGAUCUCCCAGCAGUGAGUGCAGGAAGUGGACCAGUAUCCGUUAGCAACAGUAACUCUACUGCUAAAAACAAGAGAGGAAGCUCCUCUCAGAUCACCAGCAACACUGAGACCAGGUCCAAGACCAGUUCAGGACUUUCAGGAAAACGUGCCUUGUCAUCCACUACCAAGGAUCCAGGCUCGACCCGAGAGAACUUGCGAGAACGUACCAGAACCAGUGUUGCCAAAAAGCUUACCGGACCCACCGAUGCCAUGUCUCAGAAGCGAUCGCGUUGUCGCACCGUAGCUGAGACUGAUUCUCGGAUGAGCAAAUCUCGCUCAGACAGCCAGAUAAGCCAUAAAGCAGUGCUGGAGUGCCAAGUGAAGGACCUGCUGGGCUUAGCCAAGAGCAAAGACCUAGAGAUCCUCCAUCUCCGCUCUGAACUUAGAGGUAUGAGAGCCCAGCUUGGUCUGGAAGAGCUUGAGGCCCCUAAUGCAGAACAAGCAUCUCAAGAGACAAAGCAGCCUCAGGAGAAAGAGGUUUCUUCUGUGAUCAGUGCCACGGAUGUGGAGUCCACUUUGCUCCUCCUUCAAGACCAGAACCAGGGCAUCCUUGAUGAGCUAAAUAUGCUGAAGAGUGAAAACCGGAUGCUGAAGGAUCGUCUCAAUGCUCUCGGCUUCUCUCUAGAGCAUCGUCUAGACAGCCCUGAGAAAGGUCUGCGCUGUCUGUCCUUUAGCCCUGAGACUGUCUCUGGUGGAGGUCCCAGCGAAAACAGCGGUGGUGGUAUGCAUGCAUCUUCUGCAGAAGGCUCUGCCCAAGGCUCUACCGAAGACCUGCUUUCAGAAACGAGACGUGUAGGCUCUCCUGAUGCACUGGACAGCGAGUGCAGUGAGGCCUACCAGCCGAUCACCUCCAGCGAUGAUGCUCUGGACGCACCCUCAGGUUGUGGAUCGUCUUCUGAAUCAGAAGGAGGGCCACCAAGCCGGGAAAAUUCUCGCAGGGGAAGCAGCGGGAACACCAGUGAGGUUUCCGUGGCCUGCCUGACCGAGCGUAUCCAUCAAAUGGAGGAGAACCAGCACAGCACAUCAGAAGAACUCCAGGCCACUCUGCAGGAGCUUGCUGACCUGCAGCAGAUCACGCAAGAGCUGACCACAGAGAACGAACGCCUGGGCGAGGAGCGUGCCAUUCUGGUCGACUCCCUCUGUCAGCAAGGGGAGCGUCUGGAACUGUAUGGAAGACAGCUCGACUACUUCCGAGGCCUUCUUGAUGAGCAUCGGGUGGCCUACGCCAAGGAGGAUGAAGAUGCCAAAAGCGGCCGAUGCGUGGAGCUGGAGAGGCGUUAUGCUGAGCUAAAUGAGGGCUCGCGUUUUGAGCGGGAGCAGCUGCUGGGCGUUCAGCAACAGCUAAGCAGCGCACUCAAGAUGGCAGAACAGGAGAACGCAGAAGCCCAAGGCCUGAUGGCAGCACUGAAGGAGCGUGUCCAUGUGGCGGAGAGAGCUGUAGAAAUGGAGCGGAGGGAACGGGCUGUCGCUAAAGCGGAGUUGGAAGCGCUGAGGGUGGUGUCCGAAGGGGAGCAGGUGGAGCUGAAUCGCUGCAGAAUCCAACUUGAGCAAGAGAGGCAGAGAGUUGCCCAGCUCCUCUCCAUCCACAACGCAGGGGAUAAGGCAGACAUACGCCACCUGCUGGACAGCGAGAGAUUAGACAAAGAGCGAGCAGAAGCCAAAGCAGCUCAGUUACAAGAGGAACUUGGGCACACGCGCAGUGAAGCUGCCCAGCUCCAAGAGGCAAUUAGCAAGCUUGAAGGGGAGUUCCGAGCAUUUCGUGACGAUGUCCAGGCACAGUUAGCAGAGCAGAAGCGGCUCCUGGAGCAGCAGUGCUCUGAGCUGGAGGAGAAGGACACGGAGAUCGCUGACAUGAAGGAGACCAUCUUUGAGCUGGAGGAUGAAGUCGAGCAACAUCGUGCAGUCAAGCUUCAUGACAACCUCAUCAUUUCUGACCUGGAGAAUUCCAUCAAAAAGCUUCAUGAUCAGAAAUAUGACAUGGAGAAGGAGAUUAAGAUUCUACACCGUAAAUUGCGGGAGGAAUCAGCCGAGUGGCGUCAGUUCCAAGCUGAUCUGCAAACAGCCGUCAUCAUCGCCAACGACAUCAAGACAGAAGCUCAGGAGGAGAUCGGAGACCUGCGCCACCGCCUGCAGGAAGCUCAGGAGAAAAAUGAGAAGAUGAACAAAGAGCUGGAUGAGCUAAAGAGCAAGAAGCAGGAAGAGGAGCGUGGUCGUGUGUAUAAUUAUAUGAACGCUGUAGAAAGAGACUUGGCUGCUCUGAGGCAGGGAAUGGGCCUCAGCCGACGCUCCUCCACUUCCUCUGAACCUUCACCCACUGUCAAAACGCUCAUCAAGAGCUUCGACAGCGCCUCACAAGGUCCUGUCCCAGCCAGUCCUGUCGCUGCCGUUGCUGUUGCUGUUGCUGCCGCCGCCACUAUUUCCAGAACGCCCCUCAGUCCCAGUCCCGUCAAAACCCCUCCAGCAGCUGCCGUCUCUCCUAUACAGAGACACACCAUCAGCUCAGCCAAACCUCUGUCAUCAUUGCUGGACAAGAGGCCGAGCUACACGGACCUGAGCAUGCCAGCAGACCACCUCCUUCGAACCUCACCUGUAACGCGGCCCAGCUGCGGCCUGCAGAGGGUGACAAACAUAGACUCGACUAAGUCUAUAUCAGUUUCUCGCAGAAGCAGUGAAGAGUUAAAGAGAGACUUGUCGGUAACGGACGCAUCCACUCCAUCGUCAAUCAUCACGCUAGGCUCGUCUUCUCCCCAGCUUUCUUUGUCGUCCAACUCCUCCUCCCCGACCGCCUCCGUCACUCCCACCACACGAGGACGUUUACGAGAGGAACGGAAGGACCCUCUCUCUGCGUUAGCCAGGGAAUAUGGAGGAUCCAAGAGGAAUGCUCUGCUCAGGUGGUGCCAGAAGAAGACUGAGGGUUAUCAGAACAUUGACAUCACCAACUUCAGUAGCAGCUGGAAUGAUGGGCUCGCUUUUUGUGCCAUACUUCACACCUAUCUGCCGGCGCACAUCCCCUACCACGAACUCAACAACCAGGACAAGAGGCGAAAUUUCACUUUGGCCUUCCAGGCAGCAGAAAGUGUGGGAAUUAAGUCGACGCUGGACAUUGGUGAAAUGGUGCACACAGAAAGACCCGACUGGCAGAGUGUCAUGACCUACGUGACGGCCAUCUAUAAGUAUUUUGAGACCUGAGGAUCUUCUUGAACGGCUGCAGCCGGUUCACGUUCCUUGCUGCGACCGAGAUGCUACAAAUUUCCCAGAUGCCUUAGCUGCGAAUGGGGGGGACUUACUCGCGCGACUUAUUGCUUCCUCCAGUGUUUUCUGAUGAAAAGUAUAGCUGCUGAAAACAGGCCACGUCCUGCUGAGCUUCUCUGAACAGCAGUGCUCUUGAAGAGAAGCCGGAAGUCGGGAUCAUGAGCCGGCAACUUCCUUUGAGAACAUUGCAACACUGUUUAAAGUGUAUUGUGCCAACCGAGCAACAAAAACGAGUAUCUUAAUACGAUUGCCUUUGAUAGUUGUUUUAUAGUUUUGUCAUAAGUAUGCCCUGUAUUUGCCAGUAAUGGUCUUAGAUCAUCAGUAUUUAUUCCAAAGAAUGAUGCCACAACAGGCUCCGGCCGCAAAAGCGCUGUUUCUGUGGUUUCUUUAUCCCGAAUAAGCUUAAAUCUGUCUCUGACAGGGCUCUUUAAAAGGAAUAGUUCACUUAACACUAAAAGUUUGCUUGCAGUUUACUCACCCUGCAGGCCAUCCAAGAUGCAAAUGAGUUUGUUUCUUCAUUAGAAAAGAUUUGGAGAAAUUUAGCAUCAAAUCACUUGCUCACCUUUGGAUACACUGCAGUGCAUGGGUGCCGUCAGAAUGGAUUUGUUUCAAAAAGUACUUGUUUCUUACAAGCAUGCGUUGUUUUCACUUCACAAGAUGUUCGUUAAAGGACUCCUUGUGGAUUAUUGUGAUGUGUUUAUCGGCUGUUCUGACGGCACCCAUUCACUGCACUGAAUCCAUUGGCGAGCAAAUGAUGUGAUGCUAAAUUUUUCCAAAUCUGUUUAUCUAUAUCUUUGUUAUCCUGGAGGUAAUUGCAUUUUUAGCAAAUAUAAAUUUUUAGGUGAACUACUCCUUUAACAUUCAACUUAGUUUUGUUGUUCUGAGAAUGUUUUUUUUUUAAUUUACAUACACUAAUCGAAAGCUAAUUAUAAGCCUAAUACGGAAUUUGUAACAAAUGUUUAACCAGACAAAUUAUUAUUUUUUUUUUCCCUCGGUGCUCAUUCCAGCUCAUCUUCCGUCACUGAAAAUGCUGAAUGACGUUUCUUUUCUGUUUUGAAAUAUCAGCACAAAUGAAAUGCAUGGCUGCUUGUUUUCCGUUAUAUACCGUAGGAUAUUUUUCAGCAUUUCAGGCCUUUUUGUCUACGCACUACUAAUCCUUAUUUGACACCUAAAGCCAGCUGGGUUCUGGAAGCUUGCUAAAUCAGAUUAAGUUUGUUUUAUGGGUGUAAAAGCACAAAUAAAAAAAAAAGGCUGAAUGUGUAUUCACUGAUAUGAAAUGUGAAAUUAGACGACUACAAUCCAUCCGCACUGUCAGCUCGUGGUUAACGCAUGCAUUGUACCUCUCCCAUUAUAUACUGUAAGUCUGUCAAAGAUAAGCCUCUGCACACAAAACCGAAGCCUUACGUGGAAAAGAAAAAGCCAAUAGCGCAAUUGAUGUUUUAGAUAAACUCGCUCUGCUGUUUUCAAUGUACUGCUGUUUUAAUAUAUUUGUUUUGUUCAUUUGAGACUUAUUUGAAGGGAUCGAGUGGCUUGCAGCAGAAUUAUUCUGCUCUUCACAGCAGUUCAAAGUGAAUUUUAUGUUAAGGGCACGUCGUAUAAUUUAUUCCAUUUGAGCUACAGAGAGCUCCGUCGUGUUUUAAAUGAUAGAUUUUGUUUGACAGUCCUCUGCGGUGUAUCGGUUUGUUUAUAUGUGCAAAUGUCAUUGACACUGACAUUGAAUUACCUAGAAAAGGUCAGUAGUGACGAGGAGUAUUUUUGUUUGGAUCUUCUUGUGAGAUGUAGGUUGUGACCUAAUCGUGUAGGGUUUAAUAUGAAGUUUUUGAUUUGAACCAAAUCAUGUCGUAUCAUACUGUGCUUUCCUUUACAACUUGCCAUAUUUCAUGUUUGUAUAAAUCCUGGAAUGCCUUUUUGACACUACGUAUGCUUUGUUUCACGAAGAACGAUUCCUAGAGCACUGUACAAUAUGUCAAGGGAGAGUUUUGUGAGAACUAUAUUUGUGUGAACAAAUACAGUCUGAUAUUUUCA